CAUUCUGGGAGGCAGAUUAUCUGGACCACCAAAGUAAACGUUUGCAGUUUCUGGAGCUGCGAUGCAAGCCACAUAGCUGAUGUCCUCCAAUGGAACAGUUACUUCUUGUGGGCUCUCCUGGCACGAUUGGCCGUGUGCUGGUCUCGUGGACCGAUGGCGGCUUCAGCGAGAUGGCGCUGCUCAAGCGCACUGCAUGAGGAUUCAACAGGUUUAAAACCGAGUUUCCAAGAAGAAGUUUGUGUUUGUUGCAGCUAAAUUGUGGUCGACCGGGCCUGGUCCAUUUAAUAAUUGUUUCUUACCAACGCUACCUUCUUUGUUUCCUGAUGGCCCUUGGAGAACCUAGCUAUACAAGCCGAUCCUACCGAUGAAGAGCCACUCGACCAGGGAUGAAGUCAACAUUCCACCUGCCCCUCCAACAAUACGUCUCCUCAGCGUCUGCUGAUCCAUUGAUUAUGAUUGGUAUGAAGCCAACGAUGAGAGUAGAUACAGGGCAUCACACUCAACCCCCCACCGUUGAUGGCUUCUGGCCCUACUUGCAACAAGGUCUCUCUAUUUAUCACCAACACCAGCACCAUGAUCCCAAAAAUCUUACCUCAGAUCGACACCAUUGCCGGCACCUCUGCUCAUCCCAAGAUCCUUAAAAAAGAAAAUCCCUAGCCAUCUUAUGUCUCAUAAUCAGUCAUCGUGGCCACACCAUGCCUUUCCAGCAACUUUAGUCCCAAUUCCCAUUCUGGCUCACUUUCCACCGUUGUAGCUGCACAAUCAUGGUGGUGGUGAUGAUUGUGAUCGUUGCGACCUUGGUGGUGCUAAUAGUGACCGUGGGAGUAGGGGUAGGGGUGGUUAUUAUGGUGGUGGUGGAUAUGGAAUGCUGCCACUCCCUCAAGUACCUUCAUGUCGAACACCUUAACAAAAUGAUGUCCUCUUCUCCUACUUCCUUACUCUUGCUGGCACUGUCAUCAAGAAGGAGAAUAAGAUUGUGACAACAUCGAAGAGCCAGGUCUUGGUGAGGAGGUGAUAGGCGUUGUCAAGGAAAUGGGGAAUCUUAGUGCUAGCUAAGAUCCAAUGCAUUAGGAUGCUUGUGGUGCUCGAGUGGAAGAGCAUGGUGCUCGGCUCAGAAACAGGUAUGGGAAGACAUUAACUUAAAUCUUGCAUAUAAUUCAGGUCUUCUUAACGUGUCUGUCGUUCAUUGCAUUUUCUUCUCAUUUCAUAGAUUCAGAUGUUCACAAGAAAUUUAUAUGUAUGAGUUUCUUAAAUUUAAUCUUUGCAUUGAUGUGUUAAGUAAAAGAAUAUUCUUUUGUAGUUUAAUCACAUUAUAAUAGUCUGAAUAAUGCAUUUCUCAGCAUUGUUUUUUUAUUAUAGUUGUGGUUGAGCAUCUAAUUUUCUAAAAAAAAUAUAUAAAAUAUUUAUUAUAUUUUUAAUAAAAAAUGUUUUAUGCUUGCAUUUUGAUAGAAAAUAAUGCUAAAAAAUACAUCAUUCGGACAGUAGCCACGGGAAGGUAGCAUUGUUUCCUAGGGCUAGUUCGCCCGCUUCCCGGUGUACCGUUCCGUCUCCGCAAGCCCGGAGGAAAGAACCGUCCCCUUUGGCGCCAUCUCCUCUUUCUUCUCCCGCCAGUUUCCUCCCCUUUCCACCCAACCCUAGCCCUAGUCCAUGGCCGCUCUCCGGUCGUCUACUACCAAAACUCGAACUCUAACCUCCUCCUCCGUCUUCCUCGACUCCUAUAGAUCCUACUCCAACCUCUCCCCUCCCACCGCCCCUUCCCUCGCCUUUGAUCUCCUCUCCCGUGGCUCCCCUCUCCCUCCGAUCCCUCCCGACUUCCCCCGCUCCAAGCUCAUUCCCAGGACCCGCUUCAUCGUCGACGGAUUCCGCUCCGCCGGCGAUUUCUCCGUCUCCUACUUCCUCUCCCACUUCCACUCCGACCACUACGCCGGCUUGAGCCCUAGCUGGUCCAAAGGCCUCAUCUUUUGCUCCGAGACCACCGCCCGUCUCGUUGUGGAGAUCCUCAAUAUCCUCCCUUUUUUCGUAGUCUCCCUUUCUCUCGGCGAGACUGUGGAGAUUGAUGGAUGGGAUGUCACAGCGGUCGAUGCGAACCACUGUCCAGGCGCUGUCCAGUUCCUUUUCAAGGCCCACGGGUCCGAGAGACACCGGCCAGAGAUGUACGUACACACCGGUGAUUUCCGUUUCCGUGAUUCGAUGAAAUUGGAUCCCACUUUGUGUGAAUUUAUUGGUGCUGAUGCUGUUUUCUUGGACACAACUUACUGCAAUCCGAAAUAUGUGUUUCCCUCUCAAGAGGAAUCAGUGGAGUAUGUUGUGAGCACUAUCAAAAGAAUCAGGGAUCAAAAUAAGGGACCACGGGAGAGUGUCCUGUUCCUGAUUGCUACUUAUGUUGUAGGAAAAGAGAAGAUUUUGCUUGAGAUAUCACGCCGGUGUGACUGCUUAUUACAUGUGGAUGGUAGGAAGAUGGGGAUUUUGUCCGUGUUAGGGUUUGGCGACUCUGGGGUUUUUACACAGGAUAUUUCUGCAAGCAAUAUUCAUGUGGUUGGUUGGAACCUACUGGGUGAAACUUGGCCGUACUUCCGACCCAAUUUUGUGAAGAUGAAGGAGCUUAUGACAGAGAGAGGUUAUUCAAAGGCGGUGGGUUUUGUUUCGACUGGGUGGAUGUAUGAAACCAAGAAAGAUGGCUUUGCGACGAGGGUUAAGGAAUCGCUCGAGAUUCAUCUUGUUCCAUACAGUGAACAUUCGAACUAUGAGGAAUUAAGAGAGUAUGUUAGAUUCUUAAGGCCAAAACAUGUUAUUCCCACUGUGGGCAUGGAUGUUGAGAAACUACAUGGUAAACAUGCUGUUGCUUUGCAGAAGCAUUUUGCAGGUUUGGUUGAUGAAACAGCAAACAAGCACGAGUUUCUCAUGGCUUUCCAUCAGAAGCUGGGGGAUGCUGAUACUAUGGCUGGAAAUGAUGUGGCAUCUAAUACAGACAAGCAAGACAGUGCAGAAGGAAGGGAGAGUUCAUAUUCGGAGCCAUUGCAAUCAGGGGAGAAAUCUCAUCUGCAAGCCCCAUAUAUGUCAAAUGAUGAGGACAUGGCUGGAGGUAUCAAAGAGCUUAAAGAUUGCUUGCCAUCUUGGGUGACCCAGAAUCAGAUUUUAGGUUUGCUGAAAAGCUCGGGUGGAGAUAUUGUUGCAGCAGCUUCGCAUUUUUUUGAGCAUGAAACCGAGUUCUAUGAGCAAGCAAAGGCUGUCACUCUUUCAGUCCCCAGAAAUCAAAACAACUGCACUGAAAUUGAAUCUUUUCCUUCUCAGAAAUCUACUCAAGGGCAAUCCAUAUGUGGUUUAAAGAAUUAUUUGGAUAACGCUAAAACACCAACCAGGCAGAAGCCUACAUCACCGAGUUCUAAUUUGCCCAAAAAAAGGGGUUUAGGUACUGGAAAUAAGCCAAAAAAGAAAGGAAAAUCUAGCUCAGGCUUAGAAUCCAGUGGAUGCAAGCAGACUACAAUCACCAAAUUUUUUGGAAGACUUGAAGCUCGUGCUUCUCAUGAUGAUGGACCUUGUAUAGUUACUGCUGAUCGUCUUCUGGAAAAUGGGAAUCAAACGCUAACUGAUGCCGAUGAAACAUACAAACAAGAGUUGGAUCAGUUUCUUCAAAUAAUAGGUGGUUCUAUGCAGAGAGACUCUGCUGCCUUAUUACUGGAGCAGACAAAAGGAAACAUUGAUGUAGCAGUUGAUAUGUAUUUCAGUGGUUCUAAGCUUGCAUCUGGUAGCAAGGAAAUUUUAUUUUCUUGCAGUGCCCAUGUUGACAAGGAUGAGAGCCUUGCUAGUAGUUGUACUUCAAAGGCCAACAUUUCUUUUGAGGCAACAACAAACUUGCCUACUUUGUUUGUACGAGGUUCUUCAACAGAGGACACAAGUAUAAAUAAUGUAUCAUUACCAAUUGAAAAGUAUUCUCCUGUUGAGCAUGCUUGCUGGAAGGCUGGACAGCCUGCUCCCUACUUGCACCUGGCACGUACAUUUGAUUUGGUGGAACGAGAAAAAGGCAAAAUAAAAACCACUGCGAUGCUUUGCAACAUGUUCAGAAGCUUGCUUGCUUUAUCUCCUGAUGAUGUGCUACCUGCUGUGUACCUAUGCACAAACAGAAUUGCUGCUGACCAUGAAAACAUGGAACUAAACAUUGGUGGCAGUCUGGUCAUAACUGCAUUGGAAGAGGCUUGUGGGACAAGCAGGUCUAGAAUUAAAGAAAUGUACAAAACUUCUGGUGAUUUUGGUAGGAUGAAUUGUAAUUAUUUGGUAAUCAUAUAUUUACACUCAAUAAUCUUUAUUAACUCCUGGAUACUCUUUAAAGGUGAUGUUGCGCAAGAAUGCCGGCAGACUCAAUCAUUGCUUGGUCCUCCUCGCCCUCUUUCUAUUCAUAAUUUAUUUUGUGUGCUUCAGAAGAUAAGUGUUACAACAGGUGCUGGAAGUGCUAUUCGAAGAAAAAAUCUUGCUGUAAAUCUUAUGCGUUCUUGUAGAGAAAUGGAAAUAAAGUUUCUUGUUAGAACUUUGGUUCGUAAUUUGCGUAUUGGAGCUAUGAUGAAAACCAUUUUACCAGCACUAGCACAAGCUGUGGUGUUGAACAGCUACUCUCGAACGCAGCACAUGGGAUCCCUGGAGAGCCUAAAAUCGCAGCUUCAGGGCAUCUCUGCAGCAGUUGCUGAGGCCUACAAUAUACUUCCAAAUUUGGAUUUGCUUAUUCCUUCUCUUUUGAGCAAGGGCAUUGAUUUUUCAGCAUCGACUUUAACAAUGGUGCCAGGCACACCAAUUCCUCCUAUGCUUGCUAGAAUUACCAAUGGUGUUUCACAAGUGUUGAAGUUAUUUCAGGGUAGAGCUUUCACCUGUGAAUACAAAUAUGAUGGUCAACGUGCCCAAAUUCACAAACUAGCAGAUGGAUCUAUACGAGUAUUUUCACGACACAUGAAAGAAUCAACAUCUAGAUUCCCGGAUUUGAUACAUAUAAUUAAGGAAAUAUAUAAGCCUGAAUUCUCAACUUUCAUACUGGAUGCUGAGGUUGUAGCAGUUGAUAGGAAGAAUGGCUGCAAGCUUAUGUCUUUCCAAGAACUGUCAUCACGGGAGAGAGGAAGAAAAGAUUCGUCAAUCACAGUGAACAGCAUUAAGGUUGAUAUUUGCAUCUUCAUCUUUGAUCUCAUGUUUUCUAAUGGAGAGCGACUGUUGGAAUUUCCGCUCCGUCAAAGGAGGAAGUGUAUAAAAGAUUUGUUUCAUAGUGAAAAGAUCGGCUACCUAGAAUUUGCAAGGGAAAUAACGGUGGAAGCAGAAGAAGCAUUUCUGAGCAAUCAAAACACAUUGACCAAGAUAAAUUCAUUUUUUGAAGAUGCAUGCAACUCCUCGUGUGAAGGAAUAAUGGUGAAAACUUUGGAUGUUGAUGCUGGAUAUUUUGCAUCAAAACGUAGUGAAGCCUGGCUAAAGGUGAAACGUGACUAUGUAGAAGGAUUAGGUGAUUGUCUUGAUUUAGUUCCUAUUGGUGCUUGGCAUGGGAACGGAAGAAAAGCAGGAUGGUACAGUCCUUUUCUAAUGGCAUGCUACAAUCCUGAUGCUGAAGAAUUUCAAAGUGUGUGUCGUGUGAUGUCAGGUUUCUCAGAUUCUUUCUAUAAAGAGAUGAAGGAAUUUUUUUCUGGUGAAAAGAUUUUGUCCAAGAAGCCACCUUACUAUCAGACAGAUGAGUCGCCUGAUCUAUGGUUCCCUCCGGAGCUUGUCUGGGAAAUACGGGGCGCAGACCUCACAAUCUCUCCAGUGCACCAUGCUGCUGCUGGCUUAGUUCAUCCAUCUCGAGGUAUCUCGGUGAGACUACCGAGGUUUGUGCGUCCUGUAUUGGACCGAAAGCCAGAGGAUUGCAGCACGUCAGCUGAUAUUGCCUGCAUGUUUAAGUCUCAGACUAGAAGGAUGGAGGUGAGCAAGGAAGACUGAAGUGCUUCCCUUUUUAUGCUGAGGGACUUUUGUAUGGUAGCAAUGAUCUGGGAAAAUUUAUCCUCAUGUAUUCAGUUUGCCUGAAUUCAUCCUUAAGCUAUGCUUGUAAAUAGUAGGUUUUGCCUUUUUUUUUUCGCGGUUCAUUUUCUUAUAUAUCUAGGUGAAAUGGGCUGGAAAGAUUUUUUUUUUCUUAAUUUUUCUGGUCACAUUAAAAAUGGAUUCUGUUCACUUCCUGUUGAUACGAGGAAUACCAACCAAGAGUAAAUGCCUUGUAUAAUUCA